AUGGCGUGCUAUGCUUGCAAUAGGAGAUUCACGAUCAAUUUAUUAGCCCUUGUAACGGAUAGCAGUCGAUUUUAUUUGUAUGCACGUUCAUUAAAGUCAGGAGUUGGAGCACAGUGGAAUAGUGGUGUAGGUUACAGUAGAGGGAUUUCAAGUUUAGGAGGUCAAUUGAAUCAAGUAAAAGAAGAAUCCAAUGUGCAAGUAUCACCAGAUGAGAGUGGAAUAGAGUUGGCGGUAAACUUGAGCCAACAAGGAGAGUUGCAAGACGAUCAAGAUACAUUCAAUCGUAAUGGACAUAUUUCUAAGCAAGAAGACUUGAGAAAUAGUCAAAAUGAUAUUAGAGAUGAAAGUAGAGCGAUGUCGGAAGAUCUGAAUAAAAAAAAACUGAUAGUGAAAUCUAAUAGUGCAGUUAAGAAUCAUAAAGACUUUCAAAGCAUUCCAAGUGAUCGAUUGCAUUUAUUUUGUGGCGACAAGUUAAGUUUGCAGUUAUGGGAGCACUAUCAGAAAACACGCCAGACUGAAAGUACUUUGGACCAAAAGAUGCAGCUUAGGUCAGCUCUUCUACAUGCUAUAAAGACUGUUUAUAAAGAUGCUUCUCUGCAUAUUGUUGGAUCUUCAACCAAUGGAUUCGGUAGUGAAGAUAGUGAUAUCGAUUUUUGUGCCGUUGUAAAUAAUAAUAGAGAGUUCACCCGUCGUAAGACGUUAUAUGCGUUAUCCAAUCUCCGUGCAAAAUUAGCCACAUUACGAUACUUGAAGGAUGUUAGACUUAUACCUGCUGUAGUUCCGAUUUUGGAGUUUCAGGACUGCGUAUCUGGAUUUAAUUGUGAUAUAAGCAUUAACAAUGAUACGGGAAUACGGAAUACCCAUUUAUUAUACGCAUAUUCGUUGUGCGAUGAUAGGGUUGCACCGCUUGUUAAAUUUAUCAAAAUGUGGGGACACUAUUACGGCAUCAAUAAGUCUCAGUAUGGCACCUUAUCUAGCUAUGCCGUAGUAAAUUUAGUUAUUAAUUAUCUUCAAGAAUGUGAUCCACCUGUGUUGCCGUUCUUGCAAGAGGAUUUUCCAAAUAUCUUUAGGAAGAAGUCAUCACUUAACAGUAUACCCAAGCGUAGCAAAAGCGUCGACUUAUCAGGAAUUCCUCAAAAUUUAAGUAAGAAUCAAAAAACUAUAGGAGAGUUACUCAUUGGAUUUUAUAGACAUUAUGCUGUAUUUAAAUGGUCAAACUACAUAAUAUCAAUAAAGAAAGGCAAGUUUCCGUUGGAUUGGAGACACAAAUUUAUGACUGCUAAAGCCCACUAUAUAAAUAUUGAAGAACCAUUUGAGGAUAAAAAUGUUGCCCGCUCCAUACGAAGUAGAAAGAAAUAUGAGAAAAUAAAGAUAGCGUUUAAUAUGGGGGAAAAGGCCCUCAGACAAAACCCUGACUUAAAGUCUUUAUUUUCGUUUUCACUUAAUGAGAAUUAG